UAUCCUGCCUGCCAUCAACUCGAAUCCUCGCGGAAGUACUGACGUGUUCAGUUUGCACGAAAAGUGGCUAGUGCAGCUAGCUAGGUAGAGCCGGGUAGUGACACAGCGGCCGUAUCAGAAUGUCAGAAGGGGACAGUGUUGGAGAAUCGAUCCAUGGGAAAUCAUCUGUAGUCGCUGCCUUUUUCACACGGAUUGGACAGGUCUAUCAGUCAUGGCUAGACAAGUCAACACCAUUCUAUGCAGUGCGAUGGGCAAGCACUCUACUACUUACUGCUGUCUACAUGAUCAGAGUGUACAUACUACAGGGUUGGUAUAUAGUAACAUAUGCUUUGGGAAUCUACCAUCUCAACCUGUUCAUUGCUUUUCUAUCGCCAAAAGUGGAUCCUUCACUGCUUGAUGAAGAUGAGGGCCCUUCCCUUCCUACCAAGCAGAAUGAGGAGUUCCGCCCUUUCAUCAGGAGGUUGCCUGAAUUCAAAUUCUGGCAUUCGGCAACAAAAGGCAUCGUCAUCGCCAUGAUUUGCACAUUUUUUGAAGCCUUCAAUGUGCCAGUGUUCUGGCCUAUACUUGUAAUGUACUUCAUCAUGCUCUUCUGCAUCACCAUGAAGAGGCAGAUCAAGCAUAUGGUCAAGUACAGAUACCUGCCCUUCACACAUGGGAAGAGAACAUACAAAGGCAAGGACGACACAGGGAAAACUUUUGCUAGUUAAAAUCUCCCACAUACCCUUCCCCUUCUUCUCGUUUUAAAUUAAUCGGUCACAGCUAGUGGGCAAUGAUAAGAGUCAGAGAUUUAUUUACUUUUUGUAAGCUGGACAGUAACAUGAAAACAUAACGUAAAAAAUUCAACUUUUGAUCCAUGGUUCAGUGUUGAGGAUAUGAACAGCUUAUGAGCUUUUUUGAGGACCCCAAUCCUCAUUUUAGGAUUGGUCUGCAUUUGUUCAGUAGUUUGGAGACUAAGUGCUGCCUUUUGCCUUUUUAACCCCAUGGGGUAAGUAUAAAGUCACCAUGAAAGAUCCACACUGAAAAAAGAGUUGCUGUGAAAUUUGUGAUUUUUGUUUAUUUUUUUCAGUGAUUCCAGUAUAUCUCCUUCUCCCUAGUUAAAUAAAUCUGCCAACUUUUGAUUAAUAUACUGGCACAUACUUUUUUGUAACAAUAUUGAAAGUCAGUGUAAAAAUAACAUGCUAAAAUGUGUAAGAUGAAAUCUGAAAGAAAACGCAACUGUUUCCGAGUUGAAUCAUUUCAUUUUUUGUGAUAAAUGUUUGCGACAGCUCUGGCUCACAAGUGUCUCAGGCAGUUAGCCUUUGUACAAAAUGGAGAAACUGAAAAAUUAGUUGCAUUUGACUUGAAUAUGUAUUCAUGA